CAGCGAAUCAAGCAGCGCGGAGGGGAAGAGGAACGCGGAGCGACGGAGAUGGCGAGCAUCAGUAACAUGGGGCCGAGACCAAAGCUGCUGCUGCCGGGGCUGCUGUGGCUGCUCCUGGCCGUCCACAUCGCCAGCGUCCGCUGUCUGAACGGCGACGAGGACCAGAACCAGGACACCGAGUGCAAGAUGAAGAGCGUCACCGUGUCGGCGCUGCCUUUCCUGCGGGAGAACGACCUGAGCAUCAUGCACAGUCCGUCGGCCUCCGAGCCCAAGCUGCUGUUCUCCGUGCGGAACGAUUUUCCCGGGGACGUCGUGGUGGUGGACGACCUGGAGAACACCGAGCUGCCCUUCUUCGUCCUGGAGAUCUCCGGGAACUCAGAAGACAUCCCCCUGGUACGCUGGAGGCAGCAGUGGCUGGAGAAUGGCACUCUGCUCUUCCACAUCCACCACCAGGACGGCAGCCUGAACCUCCCAGAGCCCACAGAAGAUCCCUCCAGCAACUCUGCCAAGGAGGAACUCCGCAUCCUGCACAUCUCCGUCAUGGGCGGGAUGAUCGCCCUUCUGCUGUCCAUCCUGUGUCUGGUCCUGAUCCUCUACACCCGCAGGCGCUGGUGCAAACGCCGCCGCAUCCCUCAGCCCCAGAAGAGUGCCAGUGCUGAGGCGGCUAAUGAGAUCCACUACAUCCCCUCGGUGCUGAUGGGGGGCCAGGCCCGCGAAAGCUUGAGGAACUCCCGGGGUCAGGGGCCAAACUCCAGCGGCACACUCAGCAUCCGGGAGACCCCGAUUCUCGACGGGUACAAGUACGAGUACGACAUCACCGACCUGCGUCACCAUCUGCAGCGGGAAUGUAUGAACGGCGGUGAGGAGUUUGCCAGCCAAGUAACCCGCACCCUGGACUCCCUCCAGGGCUGCAACGACAAGAACCAUAUGGACCUCACGCCUGUGAGCGAUAACACCAAGCUGGCUCUGAUGAACAAAUACAAGGACAACAUCAUCGCCACGAGUCCCAUCGACAGCAACCACCAGCAGAACACCUUGCUGCCACACAACACCUCCACCACCCAGCGCAAGCGUCUCUCCAGCAACACCCGCGCGGGUUCAACUUUCUUGAACCCAGACGGGGACUCUGGGACGGAGGCAGACAGCGAGCCUCAGCUGGCCUUUUACACCGACCCGAACCGCAGUCGGCGCCGGACUCGAGGUAUGAGAAAUGGUAACGCCAACAGCGCGUGGGGCUCAGGGGCAGGUUCCCCACGAAGCCCCAUCAAUAAGACCACCCUGACUCUGAUCAGUGUCAUCAGCUGUGUGAUUGGCCUGGUUUACUCCUCUCACCUCUCCUGCAGCAUUUCAGUCCGAGUAAUCCUCCACGUGCCGGAGCACCUCAUCGCCGACGGAUCGAGGUUCAUUUUGCUCCAGGGGAGCCAGUUGGAUGCCUCCGACUGGCUGAACCCUGCCCAGAUCUUGUUGUACUCCCAGCAGAACGCCAGCGGGCCCUGGGUCAACGAGCUGUGUGGACGACGCCUCCUGGACCCCUGUGAGCACCAGUGUGACCAAGAGACAGGAGAUUGCCUCUGCCUGGAUGGAUACAUGAAGGACCCAGUCCACAAGCACCUCUGCAUCCGCAGUGAGUGGGGGCCCAACCAGGGUCCCUGGCCCUACACUAUCUUCCAACGCGGUUUUGAUCUUGUGAUGGGAGAACAACCCUCUGAUCGCAUUUUCAGGUUCACAUACACCUUAGGAGAGGGAAUGUGGCUGCCAUUGAGUAAAAGCUUUGUCAUCCCCCCUGCCGAGCUUGCCAUCAACCCCUCAGCCAAGUGCAAGACGGACAUGACGGUCAUGGAGGACGCGGUGGACGUACGGGAGGAGCUGAUGAUCAGUUCAUCCUUUGACUCACUGGAAGUUCUCCUGGACUCGUUUGGACCCGUCAGGGACUGCACCAAAGACAACGGAGGCUGCAGCCGCAACUUCCGCUGCAUAUCUGACAGAAAGCUGGACUCCACUGGAUGUGUGUGCCCUCCGGGGUUGAGUCCUAUGAAGGAUGGGACCGGGUGCUACGACCACCACAUCGGCAUCGACUGCUCUGACGGUUUCAAUGGCGGCUGCGAGCAGCUGUGUCUCCAGCAGCUGGCCCCUCUGGAGGAUGACCCGACCCUUUACAACAUCCAGAUGUUCUGUGGGUGCAUCGAGGACUACAAGCGUGGUCCAGAUGGAAGGUCGUGCCUGCCGCUGUCUGAGGCCUGCACUGAGGGAAUCGACUGUGGGGAAGCGCUGGACGUUCCCGCUAACCAGACGGUGUUCGGAGACCUUUUCUACGGAUACAACAACCACAGCAAAGAGAGCACAUCCGGACAGAUCCUCAAGGCCACGUUCAGGCAGAAGAACUUCGCCCGGGGCAUCGAGCAGCAGCUCCCAGACGGCAUGGUGGUGGCCUCGGUGCCAACUGAGGUUCAGUGCCACGAGGAGCUGUCAGACCCCGUGCCCGACCCAGAAUACCUCACAGGUAUGGUGAACUACAGUGAGGUGUCUGGCUACCCCCUCGUCCAGCACUGGAGUCUCCGCUCUGUGCUCUACCACGUCAAACUCAAUCAGUGGGUCCUCUCUCAAGCCUUCAGCUCAGCUAUCCAUUCUCUGGACGGGGCGACGCAGCGGGGUGACUUUGUCUCCAUCCUCAGGGAGUUCGGGAACCACUACGUCCAGGAGGCAGUGUACGGCUUCCAGGAGUCCUGCACCAUCUGGUACCCCAACAAGCAGGUCCAGAGGCAGCUGUGGCUGGAGUACCAGGAUAUUAGCAAAGGGAACUCCCCUUCAGAGGAAUCAGAAGAGCGUGACAAGGAGCCCCGGACACUGACCUAUCCUGCAUACGUCGCCAGCCUGCUGGACACCGGUGCAAAACGGAUGGCAGCCGGUGUCCGGAUGGACUGCACCAGCCAGGGCCAAUGCCCCCGCUCGUGCCACCUUUGCCACAUGAGCCCGAGGGCGGCACAGGGGCGGCAGCAGUCUGAGCCCGUUCUGCUGCAGAUUACAAAGUCUGCACCCAUCUACGAAUUAGUGUCCAACAAUGAAACAUACCAGUCUCUUCAGGAGGCGAUGAUGAGCAUGCUGUGGUGUUCAGGGAAGGGCAACGUUAUCGAUGACUGGUGUCGCUGUGACUCCAGCGCUUUUGGCACAGACGGACUGCCCACCUGUGCCCCACUUCCCCAACCCAUGCUGAAGCUGUCGUACACCUACGAGCCCAGCAGCUCAUUGGUCAUCCUGGAGUGGAACCACACGGAGCCGCCAAUCGGGGUCCGCAUCGUCGACUACCUCAUCAGCCAGGAGAAGGUGACCGAGAGGACCGACCACUCCAAAGUUGAGACAGAAACCUUACUGAGCUUUGUGGACGACAUCUUGUCCGGGGCCAGGUCUCCAUGUGUGAUGCUGGGGGACAUCCCCAACCUGCUGUCCUCUUCAGUCAGUAUGAUCAUUCGCUGCUUGGAACCUGACACCACGUACAUGUUCCGGCUGUGGGCAGUAGACAACACAGGGCGCCGUUCCAGUCCCAGUGAGGUCACCAUCAAAAGUCCGUGUCCCACUGUGGAUGACGUCAAAGCUCAAGAAAUAGCCGACAAGAUCUAUAACCUGUUCAACGGCUACACCAGUGGGAAGGAGCAGCAGACGGCCUACAACACUCUGAUGGACCUGGGCGCCCCCACGCUGCACCGCGUGCUCUACCACUACAACCAGCGCUACGAGAGCUUCGGAGAAUUCACCUGGAGGUGCGAGGACGAACUGGGACCCAGGAAGGCCAGCCUCAUCCUGUCCCAGCUAGAGGAGCUCUCCCCCUGGUGUAAGGGUCUUCUCCAGGAGCAGAAGAUCGGCCUUCGCAGGAUGUCCCUCAAGUUCCUGUCCUGCCGCUACACUGACACCAAGGCUUUCGGGCUGAACUGGGCGGACAUGGGCCAGGACGUGCACAAGGCCUGCGACGAGCAGACGCUCACUGUCAUGUAUAACGACUACGGUGAGCCCAAGGAGCUGUAAAGGUGUUGGGAGGGUUCAGUUUGGAUGUGCACAGGAAUCCAGGAGAUCUGUCAAACCCAACAAAGAAACAAAUGAAAUGCAGGUUUUACUCAUAUGUCUAUUAGAUUCAUGCAAAGAUAUGUGUUUUUAAUGUGUCAUAAGCAAAUACUAAACAUUAUAUGAAUGUUAUUUAUUCUGUUAGACUUUACCACAUUAUUGAUCAUUAGAUAUAUCAUUUAUUCACCCUGAAGGAUAUUUAGGCAUCCAGUAGCUUGAAAUACAUAUUUGUGUCAGGAAAAACACUCAAGAAUUAAGAAAGUACACAAAAAUGUGUCAAUGGAGGCUCUACAAUUAAGAAAUAUAAAAAGAAGUUUACAUUCUGUUUUGUUUUGCCAUUGAAUGCGCAUAUCUGAGUGGAACCUGUCAUGCAUUCUAUUUCACUUUGUUUCUUUGCUGGAUGAAACAUUCUCAGCUUUUUUACUCUUGUUGAAAUACCGUGACAUCUACAUUGUGUAGCUUAGAUCAGAAUAGUCAUUUUUUUGGCUUCUUCGUUGUUGUAAAAAGAAAAGUUGGAUGUGAGACAUAAAGUCUUAAAAGGCAAGUUUUGAUAUCAAACUGAUGGAUAGUGAUGGCGACUUCCUAGGGGCCCCACAUCCACCUGUACAGCCUGGAUAGAGUUAACUGCUUCUUGGACCUGUCUCAUGAUCUAACUCAGCACUUCUGUUUCUUUGAUCAUUUUACAUGAGUGAUGGACCCAGAGAGGAAGGGAUGCUGUUAAAGAUUUAACAGUUAUAACUCAUCGUAGCUGCGUCUUCACCUGUACAUUCCAACCCUUGUUAAACAUCUUAGCGGUUCACAGCUUCUGGUGCAUGUCGUAUGCGUUUCUUGUGAAUAACUGCAACACGCGGGGCCGAACAUCCAUUUCAGAUUUGUGCUUUGUUGUGUGGGGUCACAAGGACAUGAAGACGUGAGGUUUUCUACCAUCACUUCCAUUACAAACCGGCAUUUCUGUUUUUUGUCACAAACGCUAACAGGGAAAGACACUGUAUAUAAGCAAUUGUGAUGUUGAGACAGCGGGAACAAAACCAGUAUUUUACAAUGUUACCAUGUUUCUAUGACAUCUUAGCAGUUUAGGCUGAAGAGAUGUAAGUCGAAAUGUGAAAUAGAGAUAAAGCUAUGUAGAUAACAGACGAGGGAGUUACUCUAGUAGUACAGUCAUUCAAAAUAAAACCAGGCGCUUUAUUAUUAUUAUUAUACGCUUUUAUUGAUAUACCCCGCUGAAUGUAGUAUUGGAUUUGCUUUUGUAAAGGAAGCUGUUAUGAAGCUAUGACUUCAACUAAACAACAGCUCAGUUCAUUACCUCUACACUUUUUAAUUUGUGAAUAACAAUUUAAUUAAUUUGCGAGUAUUUCCCUUUUGAAUUUUGCAGUUCUCACAUCAUAAUUAAUCCAACCUAUGAACUCUACUAUUAAAAGUGAUGAUUCUGUCUUGAACCUGCAAAUAAAGUGUCUUAAUGUUUUCAUCUGCUUCUCUUUGUUUAAACUUCAUGUGUUUACAUUAGUUCGAAACACAUUUUUGACAUCUCCACUAAUACUGUGUGUUUAUUGUGAGUAUAUUAGUAUUAUUUGUUUAAUUUCACUCCAUCUGUUAUGUUUCUCUCUGUGGUUUUAUUACUGUGCUGUGGCCAUGUUGGAGAUUAAUGUCAAAGAAAUGCAAACACAUAUUAGCUGUUGAUUUCUUUUAACAAACCUCAUAUGUGAAUACUAAAAUAAAGGCUUGUAGAGUUUUGUAUAGGCAGUAUAGUAUUUCAGAAAAGCGUUGCAUUCUAGCACAGUACUGUGUUUUGAAGCAGGUGUUUUAUAUACGCCUGUUGUAUAAACAUGUACAGCAGGUGGUGUUUUACAACAGUUACUUUAUGUGUGCUUUAGUAGAUACAAUAUUGUCCUGUAAUAUCUGCUGUGUAGCUUAGUCUUUGUAAUCAGAUCAAUCCACCGAUUCCAGUUUGAAAGUGAAGAGCAGUUUUUCUUCUUUCUCUUGUCUGAUUGUGAUCUAAAGUUGCUCAUGACUGGAUUUGUUCGUUCUGAAAUGUUAUUGGUUGUUGAAAAGACGAACAUGAUCUAAUUUGAUCUAACAAACUAGUUAAAAUGAACCCAUAGAGUGGAACUCUUGAUGAAGUAAUGAAAUGGAGACCUCCUGACAUUUGAGAGAAAUUGAAAGCAACCCUCUACUAUCUGCAUGCAAAUAUUCUGUCUAUACUGAAUGUGGCAUCAUGACCUUAACUUUUUCACUUUGAUCUUUGCUACUUCAAAGAACAAUAAAGAAUAUAUU